UGGCUAGAAAUCCCGGAGAAAGACAGACUUCAUUGGAAACGGGAAACGAGCGAGGUCACUCAAGUCCAAUUACUUCUCAACAGCUGCGCUAACUAAAAUCAAAAAAGGAAUGGACCACCGAGGAGAAGUCGAGCGUUUGGAAAAACUAUUCAGCAACGCAGUACUCGACACCAGUGAAAUCAUUCGAAGCUACUACAGCAUCGUCAAAGAAGGAAGUUCCAGUUCUUUUAAUGCCAUCAUUCCAUUUCUCAAUCAAAAAGCCGUUCAUCUGCUGUCACCAAAAGUAAUGGACUUCUUAAAGGAAAAUCGACUCGAGGCGUACGGUUAUUUGCUAGUAGCCAAUAACUUGUUGGACUUGAAAGACGUCGAAGAUGAUUUACUCAACGGAGAUGUCCUGAUGAACAACACGCCACCCAAUACUUUAAGAAAACUGAAGAUCCACUUGGGUCUAUCGGCAGCAACGUCUUCAACAAGUCCAUCGACAAUUCAACAAAAUCCAAUCACAACUACCAGUAACUCUCCCAUUCAAACUCAGACUACUCAACAGUCCCAAGAGCAACAAGAAAUAACUUCCGAUAAAGAUGCAAUCCAUCCGAAUGAACACGGAGGUGCUAGCAAACUGCCCAUUCAGAUAAUGACCCUAUGCACCGACAAGAAAACAGUCGACGGCAUGAUUUUGCACAAGUUGCCGUUGAAAAUUGAAUCUACUAUCGACGGUAAAUCAUCCAUCGUUCAGCGAUUCUCUUUCGGUGAACCCGACCGAUCGGCGGGUAGGACAAGCAAAACUAUUCUGUUGAUGGGAGCCACGGGAUCGGGAAAGACGACCAUGAUCAACGCAAUGAUCAACUUCAUUUUAGGAGUUGAAUGGGACGAUCCAUUACGUUUUGUUCUCGUCGACGAGGAAGUCAGGGGAGCAUCGCAAGCCAAUAGCCAAACCCAAGGAGUGACUGCCUAUAAAAUCCACUAUCAAAAUGGAUUCCGCAUUCCAUUUUCGCUGACUAUUGUCGACACGCCGGGAUUCGGAGACACCGGAGGGACUGGGCGAGACCAGGAAAUCACAUCCGCAAUUCAACAAUUAUUUGAGCAUCAAAACGGAGUUCAGGAAUUGGAUGCAGUCGGCUUCGUCGUGCAAUCCGCACUCGUCCGUCUAACUGUUUCACAGAAAUACAUUUUCAAUUCGGUUCUGGGCAUGUUCGGCAAAGAUAUAGGAGAGAACGUUCGUUUCCUUAUUACAUUCGCUGAUGGAGACCAACACCCUCCUGUCUUGGAAGCCAUCAAAAAGGCCAAACUUCCGUAUCUGAUGGAUUUAAGUGGAUUGCCUUGCCACCAAAGUUUCAACAACUGCGCCGUCUACAAGUCCAAAUCUUCGUCGAAAACAAAACGACUUCAGUAUUGCUGGGAAGAUGGGAUCGAAAACUUCAAAAAACUUUUUGAUGAGAUGUCUGACAUGCCAACCAAAUCGCUGCAAAUGACGAAAGAAGUGCUGGACUUGAAGAAACAUCUCGAGAUCCAACUGGAUUUCAUGCACAGGGACAUCAAUAAGCAACUGAUGAAGAUGGAGGAAUUGCGAAAGACGGAAGAGAUCAUCGCCCUGAACAGAGACAAGGUCGAUGCGAACCAAAACUUUGAGGUCAAAGUGCCUGUAUCUAAGAAAGUCAAGGUGCGUGUUGGAGGUCAGAAAGCCCUGAACUGCAUCAUAUGCCAGGUAACAUGUCACUAUCCUUGCAAUCCUGGUUUAUGGUCAGGGUUCUGCCCAGCAUUUUGGCGAUCGGAAAAUAUCGUGCCAACUAUGGAGGGUGCAAUGAAUGCUGCCGAAUCCAUGAUAAGGGGCGAACCCAUUCGAGCUCUCUCAACAGUAGUGGAUGCCGUGAAAAAUACUGCAUCACGCUUGGUAUCACUUAGAUGCAACGUUUGCCCUGGCAACUGUCCCGAUGGAGACCACAAAAACGAAGAUUCGAAAUGGGACUUUGUCCAACAAGAAGAAACGAUAACGAUGAACCACGUGCGUCAAAAGUAUGAGGAGGCCAUGGGACAGAAAUUGAGCGCCGAAGGAAUACUGAAUGGUCUGCAAAAUGAAGUCGAACAGCUGAAAUCUGACAUUAUCAAGACAAUGGCUGAAAUCACUCGCUGUUCGAACGUGUUGAGGGAGAAAGCGCUGCGGGGUAAUCCGCUCAGCACCCUGGAGUACAUCCAAAUGAUUAUUGAUGAUGAGAGAAGAGACGAGAAACCCGGAUACGAGGAGAGGAUCAAGAGUUUGGAGGAUGUGUUGGAGAGAGCCCGGAUCACACAGGACAUUGAGGUUUGCGGGGAAUUACACUAAUGGCCAGGAUUCUCUUUCAAAAAUUAAUUGCGACAAGCAAAUUAUUUUCCACUCUCAUUAUUUCUGAUUUCUCGUCACUAUUAAAAACAUUUCUGUAGGUAUAGUGAUUAUAAUUUUGUACUGAAAAACGAUAAUUCCUCGAAAAUGUUUUGACGAAUAUAACCGAAAAU